UAGGAAGUAAAAGGUUCGAGGGAGACACAUUGGAGUUACAUUCCUGGAUUAUUACAACACACUUUAUUUUAGUACAUUUUAUUCGUCGUAAACAUGCAAAAACAAUCAUACAAAUACAUCAUUUAAGAGCUUAAUGGCUAUCACGCUGCUAAUUAGGAUCCCUUCACUUUGACCCCCUUUCCCAGACUGAGAGGUCGGGAUUAGGUGAGAAAACUGCUUUCAUCCCGAGAAAUAUUCCAGGAAUGCUCAUUUUGUCCAGGAGUUGUGAGGCUUUAACCGCCACAGGGGGGCGCUGUUUCCCUCCCUUCGAGCCAGGUUGCUAGGUAAGAGUCGCAGCGGCGAGGGCAAGCAAACAGUGCAGCCUGAGAACAAUCCAGGAGGGCAAAGUGCACCCUCGACAGGGAGAAGUAUUAUUUGUUAGCAUAUUGUUGUCGGCACUGGACUGUUUGUAACUUCACUCUCUUCUGUGUCGCCGCACUGACUUUUAUUUAGGCACAAAGGAGCAUCUGUGCAGGUCAGGGCGGAAGUAACAUGGAGUAAUUUCCUCCUUUUUGCUGCCUACCUGAGAGCGGCCCCGUUUGAGGUGGCUUCCGGGAAAUGGACACAAUUUGCUGCGCACCAGACCCGGUCUAGGACCUGACCUGGUUCUAGGCAUGGCCGUGAGUGCAAGCACACCUGGCGUCGUCAUGCCGGCAAGUCUUUUACUUCUGCUGCUGGUGACCACCGAUCCUGUGUGGGGAACUUCUGACAUUGUGUCCAGAGACUUCAGGUCCUACAAUGCUACUGGCCCCGACAUGGCCGCCAUCGUGGCCCCCACGGUCACGCUGGGCCUGCUGGCCGUGGUCAUGGCGGUGGUGGCGUGGCUGCUGUGCGUGGUGAAGAAGAAGCGCCAGACGGAGGGCACGUACAGACCCAGCGCCGAGGAACAAAGCGGCACUCGAAGCUCGGCCGCCACGGACGUGCUGAAGUUGCCCAAAGAGGAGAGACUCAUUUGACAUUGACCUUUGACCCCCCACCCCCGAGAACGGCAUCAAAAAGGAGACGCGUUUACUGGCAUCCUCCAGCACAUUCUGUGAACACUUUCAGUAUUUUAUAUCAAUUUCACCUGCUUUGGUCGGGUUGUGUUGGAAGUUAUGUCGCACAAAACUAGCAAAGUUGUCACCUUGUGGAAAUGCUACAUAAAAAGAGACUACAACAAACUUAUAUACAAUUGAAUAGACUGCAAAGACAAAAUAUUUCAUGUUCAAACUGGAAAACUUUGUUAUUUUUUGCAAAUAUUAGCUCAUUUGGAAUUUGAUGCCUGCAACAUGUUUCAAAAAAGCUGGCACAAGUGGCAAAAAAGACUGAGAACGUUGAGGAAUGCUCAUCAAACACAAGGAAUUUAGGGAUUUCACCAUCUACGCUCCGUAAUAUCAUCAAGAAUCUGGAGAAAUCACCGCACGUAAGCGGCAAGGCCAAAAACCAACAUUGAAUGCCCGUGACCUUGGAUCCCUCAGGCGCUACUACAUCAAAAAGCCACAUCAGUGUGUAAAGGAUAUCACCACAUGGGCUCAGGAACACUUCAUAAACCCACUGUCAGUAACUGCAGUCGGUCGCUACAUCUGUAAGUGCAAGUUAAAACUCUACUAUGCAAAGCCGAAGCCAUUUAUCAACAACACCCAGAAACACCGCCGGCUUCGCUGGGCCCGAGCUCAUCUAAGAUGGACUCAUGCAAAGUGGAAAAGUGUUCUGUGGUCACAUUUCAAAUUGUCUUUGGAAACUGUGGACCAAAGAGGAAAAGAACCAUCCGGAUUGUUCUAGGGUGAAAGUGUAAAAGGCAGCAUGUGUGAUGGUAUGGGGGUGUAUUAGUGGUCAAGACAUGGGUAACUUACACAUCUGUGAAGGCACCAUUAAUGCUGAAAGGUACAUACAGCUUUUGGAGCAACAUAUGUUGUUAUCAUGGACGCCCCUGCUUAUUUCAGCAAGACGAUGCCAAGCCAGGUGUUACGACAGCGUGGCUUCAUAGUAAAAGAGUGCAGGUACUAGACUGGCCUGCCUGUAGUCCAGACAUUGAAAAUGUGUGAAGGUUAAAAUAUGAAAUUGUUGUAUUCUCUUUUUAUUGACCAUUUACACAACUUCACUAAUUUUAUACUUCAAUCCCACUAUUUGACCUGAAAGGUCUACAUUUACUCUCACACCUUUUUGUGAUUUAAUUGACACUUUUCAUCUCAACAAUUGAACAAGUUACAUCAAAUCAGAAUGUUUUUUUGUAUGUUAAUUUAUGCAAUAAACCUGCUUUAUUUCUA